CAUUAAGGGUCGAAACUUUGGUUCAUCCUCUUCUCCCCCACUCUGUUUCUCUCACUCAGCCACAGUAAACACAAAAGUCGUGGCUGUGUACUCACUUUUGUUUAUACCUUCUUUAUAAAUAGCGAUGCAGAGCUUAGCAUUUAGAUUCCCCCCACCACUCACCCCCAACCACUCCCCAUCUCUUCGCUCUUUUUCUUCUUAGAAAGAGAGUGUUUGAAUUGUAAUUAUAUACUAUAUUGCUCUAUAUAUACUAAAACGUACUAACAAUUGAUAAAGCAGAGAUUCUGCUUCAAGUGUAAUCAUCCCCAUCCUUUAUCACCUUUUACCAUCAACACAUUAAUAUACUGCUAAUCUCUAUCUUCCUUCUCUAUUCAAUAUUCAAUAACCCACAAACUAACAAAUAAUGGCUCUGUUUUCACAUCACCGACACUCUUAUGAAACGCUCUUGGGCUUUCUACUCUUCCUCGUAUUCAGAGAGGUUUCAGGGGCAACAUUUACCUUCGUGAAUAAGUGCGAUCACACAGUAUGGCCAGGGAUUUUAGGAGCACCACAGCUAGGAAGCACAGGUUUUGAACUUGUGAAGGGAGGUUCUAAAAGCUUCCAGGCUCCGACCGGUUGGUCCGGUAGAUUCUGGGGCAGAACCGGUUGCCAAUUCGACGGUUCGGGAAAAGGAACGUGCGCCACCGCCGACUGCGGCUCCGGCGAGGUCAACUGCAACGGUGCCGGAGCCUCUCCGCCGGCCACGCUCGCCGAGUUCACGCUUGGCAACGGCUCCAUGGACUACUACGACGUCAGCCUCGUCGACGGCUACAAUCUGCCCAUGAUGGUGGUGGCCAGAGGCGGCUCGGGCUCCUGCGCCGCCACUGGCUGCGGCGAGGAUCUCAACCAACGGUGCCCGUCGGAGCUGAGGGUGGAGGGCGGCGACGCGUGCCAGAGCGCGUGCGGCGCGUUCGGGAAACCGGAGUAUUGCUGCAACGGUGCGUUUAGUAACCCCUCCACGUGCAAGCCUUCCAUGUACUCGCAAAUGUUCAAGUCCGUAUGCCCCAAAGCCUAUAGCUACGCCUACGAUGAUGCCACUAGCACCUUCACGUGUUCUGGCGCUGAUUACACAAUCACAUUUUGUCCUUCUUCUCCAAGUUUAAAAUCUUCAACGGAUUCAAGUCCAAAGGGAAUGGAUGCAGGGUCUGGGUCUGGGGGAGGUUCAUCAGUUGAGCAAUCUGAAUUAGCUUCUACUUCGUGGUUAGCCGACAUGGCAACAGCAACAGGGGCCUCAACACGGACACGGCCUUUUGUUGCUUCGAAGGUCUCUUUUUCGGUGGUGGUUGUUUUCAUUCUCUCUCUUUUGGUCGCUUAGCUUUCUGGGUUCCUCUCUCCCAAUGACGUCUCAACAACAUCCUUAUCUUCCUUCCCUUUCACACAGACACAAAAAGAUCAAUAGCAUUGUUAUCUAGUGACAAAAAAGAGUACCAUUGUGAUUGUUAAAUUAUACUAUAGUACAUGUAAAUUGUAAAGUGGUAGUAGUACAAGCGUUUCAAUCAUUUUGUUGAGGGUUAUUCUGUUGGUUACGGGUGAGUUCUUUAAUUGGGGACCUUUGGAAUUGGAUGAUAUUUUUUAUUAGAAUGUGAACAAAUAACAACCAAGUUGUCGCUUAA